AUCGGAGAUGCUCUUAUUUGGAAGACGGACUGAUGUAAGUUUUAGAACUGAAAAAAUGGCUUUGCUCAAACUUUUUUUCUGGAACUUACGCCGUUUUUGAAUCUCUUGAUUUCUGAAUUCCCAAUUCCAAGCGAAAACCCUAGCAACCAAGAAGCAGGAUUCACCACACCACCAUAAAAGACUCCUCUUUUUUUCUUCUGCAACAUUUGGGGUUUUGACACUUCAUGCUCCCAGCCAUGGACAUCGACUCAAGACAUUGCGAAUUGGAUCCUUGAGUUCCUCCUCCGGCAGCCGCUCGAGGGCCGUACACUGACCUCCCUCCUCCGCGCUCUCCCCCUCGCAAACGACGAAACCGACCUGAAAAAGAUGAUCUUGCUGCGGAAAAUCGAGUUCGAGGUAUCGCAUAAUUCUGUCUCCGAAGGCAUUCUUGAUUUGCUCGAGCAGUUGGAGGAAUUGGAGUUUCGAAAUGGGAACGAGACGGUUUCCAACGCCAUGAAGCGCGCGUACUGCACCGUGGCCGUGGAAUGCACGGUGAAGCUCCUGGCGAAUGGAGGAGACAGGGAUAAUGCCGACAAGUUCAAAUUUUUUGAGGCCGUCAAGAGGGUUUGGAGGGGAAGAAUUGGGAGGAUGGAGAGGAUGGUGGAGAAAGGAGGAUUGGGGUCGGACGAGCUUUUGGUCUGGAAAGACGAGAUCGAGGCUGCUGUGUGGGAGGAUACCGCUUAUGAUGGUGUUGUAAAGAAGAGUGCUGGGGUUAAUGGGGUUGAAGCGGUUAGAGCUUAUUUGAGGGAGGAAAGAGAGAAAAUGGGUCCCUCAUUUCUCGAGCUUGUGGCUGAGGGUGUGAAGAAUGGUGAGGUUUUUCAGGGGGAUUUGGGCAUGGAAAAUGGUGGUCUGGUAGUAGCUGAGAAGGAGUUUCGUGUUGGUGAAGUAAGUAAUGUUGGCAAUGAGACGCAAAAGAAAAGAAUUAAACUCAGGGACAAGCUCGUUGGUUUGCGACAUUCUAGAGGAUUGCUUUCUCGCAGUUCAAGAGGAGCCAAAAUUGUUGAAUCUGAUGAGAAUAUAUCAGGGCCUUCCUACAGAAAUUACAAUUUGCCAUCGAGUGCAAAGAUUAAUAGAGUUCGAGAAGCCCUUGGGUCGAGUGCUUCCGAGCUCCACGCAGUUGUGAAGGAUCCUCUUCCGGAUGCAUUACAGUUUGCCGAAAGAAUCUCUGGUGACUCGAGAAAAGACAAAAAUCAUGAACCCAGUUCAGAAAAUAAUCUUUUUCGGUCCAAUCUGUUCAUUGUGGAUGGUGGUGGAGUUGUUCAAGGAACUAUCCCUAAUGUAAAUAAUGCACCUAAGCCGAGUUUGAUGGAACGGAACAGUACUGCGCAUACCUAUGAGUGGGAUGAAUCAAUUGAUGGAUCACAAGAAGACCUAGCUUCUAGAUACAGGCUUGUGUUAUAUAGCCCUAAAAUUAUAAACGUGUCACCUUUAGACAAAUACAAGGAUAAAAAGUUAAAGAGAAGGAGGAGAGGUCGAAAAUGGAGUCUUGCGGAGGAAGACACAUUGAGGACUGGAGUACAAAAGUAUGGCAAAGGAAACUGGAAGGUCAUCCUUACUGUGUACCGUGAGGAAUUUGACGGUAGAACUGAAGUUGAUUUGAAGGACAAGUGGAGGAACUUGAUGCGCCAUGGGUAAAAAUCGCAUGGCUUUUCUCGAAAGUAAAGGUAAAAUAUGUCCAGGAUGGGAUUCUUGAUGUGUAUAGUGUCCAAAUAGUAAAUGAUGAAAUGAAUUUUAUCAGUUGGAAUUUACUGAUACAUGUAGAUAUCAGUUUGGUAGUUGUUUAGGACUUUAGAGUUCAAAGCUCAUUGUGGGUAGUUUUUUUCUUAAUGGCUUGUGUUGUAUUGUAUCUCCUCUUUGUAAGUUUUCUGUGUAAUAAAUUUGUGAUUUUUGUCUUGUGUAACCAUCAAGUCCAAAUAAAGCCCCAAAUGCUAACAAUGAAAGAGCUGAGCUUCACAA